AUGUCGACGUGGAAAUUGACAAAGAAGCUGAAGGAGACCCAUCUGGGUCCUCUGGCAAACUUUUCCCGAUCAACGUCCACGUCCACAAUCACGGCCGAGAAGGAUGCGCUGACGGCCACCACCCCCGUUGCCGGGGCACCUUCGAGCAAUAUUGCGGCAUCCGAAGCAUUAAGCCAAGCACCCGUCAUCAAGCCGCCAAAGCCCGGUAUCCUUGUUGUCACCCUCCACGAAGGUCAGGGUUUUGCCCUUCCCGAACAGCACCGCAAUGUGUUCAGCCCACAGCACCAGUCGUCCAUGUCCACGGGCAACGCCCUGGCCGGCAGUAAUGCCAGCUCGGCCCGGCCAAACUCGUCGCAGCGUCAGGGUGCAGCCUUUGCAAACGGCAGCCGGCCACAGACGGCUGGUGGUAACGGGUUCAACGGCGUGCCCACCAACCACGGCCGCAUUUCGGGCAAGUACAUGCCGUAUGCGCUGCUGGAUUUUGACCGCAUGCAAGUCUUUGUCAACUCGGUUGAGGGCACGCCCGAGAACCCGCUCUGGGCUGGCGACAAUACGCAGUACAAGUUUGAUGUGUCCCGUGUCACCGAGCUCGCCGUGCAUCUGUACCUACGCAAUCCGAGCGCACCGCCAGGCUCCGGCCGCAGCCAGGACAUCUUCCUCGGCGUGGUGCGCAUCAACCCGCGCUUCGAGGUGCAGCAGCCGUACGUCGAGGACCCGAAGCUGAGCAAGAAGGACCGCGAAAAGGCGGCGGCCGAGCACGCAAGCCGUGAGCGGGCGCUCGGCUUCGGCGGCUGCGAAUGGGCCGAGGUGCAGUACGGCCAGGGCAAGCUCAAGAUCGGCGUCACAUACGUGGAGAACCGCGCUGGCAAGGUGACGAUUGACGACUUUGAGCUACUCAAGGUCGUGGGCAAGGGCAGCUUCGGCAAGGUGAUGAUGGUGCGCAAGAAGGACACGCGCCGUAUCUACGCGCUCAAGACGAUCCGCAAGGCGCACAUCAUCUCGCGGUCCGAGGUGGCACACACGCUGGCCGAGCGGUCGGUGCUGGCGCAGAUAAACAACCCGUUCAUUGUACCGCUCAAGUUCUCCUUCCAGUCGCCUGAGAAGCUGUACUUUGUGCUGGCCUUUGUCAACGGCGGCGAGCUGUUCCACCACCUGCAGAAGGAGCAGCGCUUCGACAUCAACCGGGCACGCUUCUACACGGCCGAGUUGCUGUGCGCGCUCGAGUGUCUGCACGGCUUUAACGUCAUCUACCGCGACCUGAAGCCGGAGAACAUCCUGCUAGACUACCAGGGCCACAUUGCACUGUGCGAUUUCGGUCUCUGCAAGCUGGACAUGAAGGACGAAGACCGCACGAACACGUUCUGUGGAACGCCCGAGUACCUGGCGCCCGAGUUGCUGAUGGGACAAGGCUACAACAAGACGGUCGACUGGUGGACGCUGGGCGUGCUCCUGUACGAGAUGCUGACGGGCCUGCCGCCCUUCUACCACGAGAACACCAACGAGAUGUACCGCAAAAUCUUGUCGGAGCCGCUGUACUUCCCCGGGUCCGACAUUGUGCCGCCGGCGGCCAAGGACUUGUUGACGAAGCUGCUGAACCGCAACCCGGCCGAGCGUCUGGGUGCCAACGGGUCGGCAGAGAUCAAGGCGCACCGCUUCUUUGAUGCCAUUGACUGGAGAAAGCUGCUGCAGCGCAAGUACGAGCCGGCAUUCAAGCCGAGUGUGACCGACGCGCUUGAUACGGCCAACUUUGAUCCCGUAUUCACGACCGAGGCGCCCCAAGACUCGUUCGUCGAGGGUCCUGUGCUGUCCCAGACACUUCAAAACCAGUUCCAGGGCUUCAGCUACAACCGGCCGAUUGCCGGGCUAGGCGAUGCGGGCGGUAGUGUCAAGGACCCGUCAUUUGUGGACAGCAUUCAGGACAGCAGGUAG